AUGCCAAUAUCUGAAUCUCAACAUAGUAGUAUACGUAACUCAACUAGCUUUAAAAAAAUUAUUUCGAAGCUGAGAAUGAGUACUAUUUUACUCAUAUACACUUUCUUAAUUCUUGGAUUAAGUUUAGCAAUACUUGUUACAUGUCAAAAUAUCCAAUUAUUAUUGGCUACUGAUUAAGUUUAAAUAAUUUCAGAACAAAUAUUAACUUUGCAAAAUAAAAAGUAAUAUUAAAUAUAGACUUAGAGCUCUAUCAAUUUAAUCUCAAGAUGCUAUGGAAGUGUUGUAAUUUGCAUUUUAAAUGAUUUCAACUAAAAUGUCUAAGCUUGUAUUCUUCAAUUAUUGGAUGCAUACCACUGAUCUAUAAAUUCUUUAAGAAAUUCAACAUUGUAAAACCAUGCAAUAAUUAAAUCAAUAAAUAUAAUUUUCAAGUAGUUGUUAUACUUUUUCUGGUAACUUCAGCUUUAAAGAUGUUGAAACUAGGCCUUUUAUCAAGUUUACUAAUCUUUUUUAAACCCAUUAACUUACAUUUGAUUUCUACUUAGUUUCUUAACAAAUAUAUUUAAUAUCCUUUGCAGAUAAUCUAUUUACUGUUUAUUUUCCUACAAAACCUUAAAAUGAAACCCUAGAAGCUAUCCAAUAAUAAUGGUUUACUAAUUACACCUAUGAAUUACAAACCACUAAAUAAUUUAUUCCUUAUCAAAUCAGUAAACUAUUUUAAAUGAGCAACUAUAAUUACUUAUUAGCAACAUUUUCUACAUUACUAUUUAACACAAAACGAUAAAUGACAGGCAUUGCAUCUUUAUUAAUUAAUUUUCCACAAUUAUAAAAUUUCUUAUAUAUGGAUAAAUUAAGCUUGAUGAUUUUGCAUGAAGAUGGAACUCUUGUAUAUUCAAAAAGCUUUAUUGAACAUUAAAUCGAGAAUACCUUUGAUCUCAUUUAUAAUCAAACUUUAACAGGAUUUAAUAUAACAGAUUGGGAGGAUAUCAAAUAUUCUAUUAAUCAUUCGACCUAUCCAAUUUAUAAGUACAAUAGUAUACUAAAAUAAUAUGUUUAUAUAAAGGCUUCUUAGCUAAAUCAUACUUAAUUAAUAGCAUUAACGUAUUACUCUUAAAUAAUUUAGUUUAUAAAAUAAUACUUAUGAAAAAGAAAUUUCAUCAGUAUUAGAUGGCUAAAUUUAAAAAGUAAUAUCUUGGUUUACUAAUAUGAGUAUUUAUGCAAUUUUAGUUGAUGUUAUUAUUGUAUUAUUAACUAUUUUGCCUCUUAAAUUUUUAUUUUAUUCUACCAAUUUAGUUUUGGAUAUGAUGAUAAAAUACCUAAAUGGAAAAUUCGAUUAUAAAUUUAAAGAUGAUGUAUUUAAUCAUAAUUUUUUUUAAUCGAAUGACAAUUCAUUAUCGAAAUUCUAUGAAUCCUAUUAAAAAUUAGAUAAGGCUCUUAAUAAGACUUAAUUUGAAAAAUCUGAACAGUGUAAACUUAUUGAAUCAUUCUAAUUUGAGAAAAAUUAAAAAAUCAAAUUAAUUUACCCUUAGAAUUAAUUGUAUGAUAAACAUGAAAAUAUUCCUGCUUAACUUUUUUAUUCAUUAAUCAAAGUUCAUAGAGAAGAAAAUUGA